AUGCCUGGAGAAGUGAUCGACCGACCAAACCCUGCUCCGUUGAAUAGCUCACUUCCAGAUGCGGUCCUGGACCUUGCAGCAAAGGCACCAAAGAAACAGCUAGACAAGAAGAUCUCCCAGUCGCUCAACGAUUUUCAACAUGCGGCAUGUUACAUUGCGGGGUCUAUGAUCUUUUUGAGAGACAAUGUUUUGCUUGAGAGAGACCUCAAGACAGACGAUAUCAAGCCUCGUUUGUUGGGACACUGGGGAACAUGUCCCGGUAUCAUUCUGGUUUGGUCUCACCUAAACCUCCUCAUCCGCAACCAAGAUCUGGAAAUGAUCUUUGUCAUUGGACCCGGUCACGGUGCUCCUGGUGCUCUCGCAUCGCUCUGGCUUGAGGGAUCUCUUGAACGGUUUUUCCCUCAAAAGUAUGGCGUCAACAAGGAUGGACUGCGAAACCUCAUUACCGGGUUUUCGGUUCCUGGUGGCUUUCCUAGCCACAUCAACUCUGAGACACCAGGAUCCAUUCACGAGGGUGGUGAACUAGGUUACUCUCUGGCUGUUUCCUUUGGCGCAGUCAUGGAUAACCCAGACCUGAUUGUGACCUGCCUUGUCGGAGAUGGCGAGGCCGAGAGUGGCCCGACUGCAGCUGCCUGGCACUCUAUCAAGUACAUCGACCCCGCUGAGUCCGGAGCUGUCAUUCCUAUCCUCCACGUCAACGGCUUCAAGAUCAGUGAGCGCACCAUUUUCGGAUGCAUGGACAACAAGGAGCUUGUCAGCCUUUUCUCUGGUUACGGUUACCAGCCUAUCAUCGUGGAGACCCUGGAAGAGAUUGAUGCCGAGCUUGCUGGUGCACUCGAGUGGGCUGUUAGCGAGAUCAAGAAGAUCCAAAAGGCCGCGCGGGAUGGAAAGCCUAUCACCAAGCCACGCUGGCCCAUGAUUGUUCUCCGUACACCCAAGGGCUGGACGGGCCCCAAGAAGGUCGACGGCGAGUUUAUCGAGGGAUCCUUCCACUCACAUCAGAUCCCCGUUCCUGGAGCCGGCCAGGAUGAGGAGCAUGUCAAGAUCCUCCAAGACUGGUUGAAGACUUACGACACAGACCGCCUACUCAAGGAUGGAAAGCCCAUAGAAAGUAUCACGGAUAUCAUUCCCCAGAAAAACGAAAAGAGACUUGGACAGCUGAAGAAGACAUACGACCCACACCAGCAGCUGCAGCUCCCUGACUGGAAGUCCUUUGGAGUUGAAAAGCUGUCGGAAGACAGCUGCAUGAAGCAAACUGGCAACUUCUUGAACCAGGUCAUUAAGGAGAACCCCAAGAGCUUCCGCAUCUUUUCUCCCGAUGAACUGGAGAGUAACAAGCUAAGCGCGGUGUUUGAGAACACUGGCCGAAACUUCCAAUGGGACGAAUUCUCUCGCGCACAGGGUGGUAGGGUUAUCGAGAUCCUUUCUGAGCACUGCUGUCAGGGUUGGAUGCAGGGCUACACACUUACCGGCCGUACUGCGCUAUUCCCUAGCUACGAAUCCUUCCUUGGCAUCAUCCACACCAUGAUGGUCCAGUACUCCAAGUUCAAUAAGAUCGCUCGUGAGACCAACUGGAGAGGCGACCUUAGCUCAAUCAACUACAUCGAGACCAGCACAUGGGCACGCCAGGAACACAACGGCUUUUCACACCAGAACCCAUCAUUCAUCGGAUCCGUCCUUAACCUCAAGGCUGAUGCUGCUCGUGUCUACCUACCUCCCGAUGCCAACUGCUUCCUUAGCACUAUCCACCACUGCUUGGGUUCAAAGAACUAUGUCAACCUCAUGAUCGGCUCUAAGCAGCCCACCGCUGUCUUCCUGUCCCCUGACGAGGCUGCGGAACACUGUCGAAAGGGUGCCAGUGUUUGGGAGUUUGCGUCAACUGACAGCGGAAAGGAACCUGAUGUUGUGAUUGCUGGUAUCGGUGUUGAGGUAACUUUCGAGGUUGUCAAGGCUGCCGAAAUCCUGCGCGACUGGAUCCCAGACCUUCGAGUCCGCGUUGUCAAUGUUACCGAUCUUAUGGUACUCGCUGCCGAGACGCGCCAUCCUCACGCACUCAGCCGAGCCGACUUUCUCGAUAUGUUCACCGAAGACAAGGCGAUUUGCUUCAACUACCACGGAUACGCCGCCGAACUUCAAGGCCUUCUAUUCGGACGUCCUGGCUUGCACCGUAUGACCGUCGAGGGAUACAAGGAGGAGGGUAGCACCACCACGCCUUUUGACAUGAUGCUCCUUAACUGGGUCAGUCGAUUUGACGUUGCCAAGCGCGCACUCAAGGGCGCCGCCGAGACCAACGACAAGAUCAAGGCCAAGCUUGACGAGACUCUGAAGAAGAUUGAUGGCCGAGUUGAGGAGGUUAGACAGUAUAUUGCCGAGAACGGCAAGGACCCCGAGGACUUGUACGAUAUGCCCAAGUUUUAG